AUGAUUAGCACGUCAGCGUAUCGGCUUACUGAUGAUAUUGCUGAACCCAGCUUCAAUAUGCGCCUCAUUGAGGCAGUUAAGCAUAGUCGAUGCUUGUACGACUCUACUGAUCGUCAAUACAGAAGCACGGAUUACAAAAUAAAGGUAUGGAAUCGUCUCGUCCAAAUUCUAGGUUUUGAUGGUGACUCAAGAACGUUAUAUGCAAGGUGGAAACAGUUGCGAGACAAGUACGGAAAAGAGAAGAGGAAAGUAAAAUAUCAAGGUGAUCAAUCAACUUGGCAGUACUACAAGCAUUUAUCAUUCUUAGAUCCUCAUAUGAUUGAUAGGCAAUCGGUCGAGUCUCCUGCAAGAAAGGAGCAUCCUGAUGUGCAAGUUACGGUCACCGAUCCUUCUUUUGGCACUAAUCUGAUUGAAGAAGUUCGUUCUCAUCCCUGCUUGUUCGAUAUACGCGAUCCCAAGUAUAGGCAUUCUGAAUGUCGUAGCCAAGCAUGGAAUAGUGUCAUCGCGCAUUUGAACUAUCCAGGUGACGUAAAUUCGAUCUAUAAGCAAUGGAAAAAAAUUCGCGAUCGCUACGUCCGUGAAAAAAGAAGGCUCCGUAUGCAACGGGACAACGGAGUUCAUGACGACAGCACUUGGGAUCUUUUUCCUCAAAUGGCAUGGAUCGACCCUUAUUUAGACGAACGUGCCCAGCUUUUAAGGCAAGUGAAGAGGAAGCACGAUGAAGAACUUUCUGAUUAUGGUGAAAUCGAUGAUAUGGUUAGAGCUGGCUCUGGUUUGGGUUACAUGGUGCAGGACAAAGGAAGAAACGAAGGAGGUGCCGACGUACUUCUCGACGGAGAUAGCGCGUUCGCAGCCUCAGCUGUGUCGGACUUACGGACGCUACCUGAGCACGCACGAGCCAUUGCUAAGGCCCAAAUCGAAGCAAUUUUUGAUUCCUGCGUGAAAACUCAGUCGAAUCAUCGAUUGCCCCCUCCUCAUCCUCCAAACUACCACAGCCAGCUCGUGCUUCUGUGCAUCAUGUUGAAGGCUCUGUUUACUUCUGCACGUAGAAUGUCAAAGUCGAGCUUUGGAGAAGGACGCUUGAUCUGGAUUGAUUGCGAGAUGACAGGCCUUGACCCUAAAAAACAAACUUUGGUUGAAAUAGCCACAAUUGUAACUGACAAAGACUUAAAUGUAAUUGCUGAAGGUCCGGAUAUUGUAAUACAUCACCCAGAAGAAGUUCUUGAUAAAAUGGAAGAAUGGCCGAGAGAAACAUUCACGCGAAAUGGUCUACUUAAGCAGAUUCGGGAGAGCACUAUUACUCUUUAUAGAGCAGAACAAAUGAUUAUGGAGUUUCUAGAGAAAGAAACUGCAAAGCAAGAGUGCCCACUCGCAGGAAACAGUGUCCAUGUUGAUAGAUGUUUUAUACAAAAGUACAUGCCUCGACUUGAUGACCACCUUCACUACCGUAUUGUUGAUGUGUCAACUAUCAAGGAGCUGGCGAGGAGAUGGUAUCCCGAUGAAUUUGCUAACGCUCCGCAAAAAAAGGGCGCCCAUCGAGCUCUAGAUGACAUACGAGAAAGCAUAGAAGAACUUCAGUACUACCGUGCUGCUAUCUUCCAUAAUCUUGCUCAGAAAUAG